GAAGACGUCACUUCCGCCGCCGCUCCACUUCCUGGUGAGGGAAGGGGCCUGAGGAGAUUGGUGCAGCCGGGAGGAAGGAAAAGGGGUCUUCCCAGAGCCCCGGAGCGAGGGCGAGUGCCUGAGCAACAUCCGCGAGUUCCUGCGAGGCUGCGGGGCGUCCCUGCGGCUGGAGAAUACUACAAUUUGAAUUUUCCACGCUCUGGAAUUGAGCGCUGAGAGCUUGAGAGCUGAGACCACCUCCUCCCACCUUUUCCAGGAGAAGGAGCUUUUGUGUUCUAACAGAAGGGAGCGGAGACCUGUUCAGGGCCCUCCUUUUCAUAAGGAACUCAGCCAGCCCAUUGCAGAUGCAGCUACACACAUCCACCUGGAUCACGGUCUCCUCUGACUUGCACUAUGCUCUGUGUCACACGGAUUCCAGAGACUGACCUAAGGGGCACUCGUUUUCACAGGCGGGCAGGAUCUGGCAUCAGGAAUGUUUUAUCUCCUGCUCCGUCCGCGAGGAAGACGUUUGAGGCAAACGAUUUGUAUCAGGGGCAGAAUUUCAACAGGGUCCUCAGCUCCUUAGUGACGCUGAAUAAAGUAACAGCAGACAUCGGCCUGGGGAGCGACUCCGUGUGCGCCCGGCCCUCCUCCCACCGGAUCAAGUCCUUCGACUCCCUGGGCUCGCAGCCUGCGCACGGCCGGACUUCACAGUUGUUCCAGGGCCAGUACCGCAGUUUGGACAUGACCGACAACAGCAACCAUCAGCUGGUCGUCAGAGCCAAGUUUAACUUCCAGCAGACGAAUGAAGACGAGCUGUCCUUCACGAAAGGCGACGUCAUCCACGUGACGCGGGUGGAGGAGGGGGGCUGGUGGGAGGGCACGCACAACGGCAGGACCGGCUGGUUCCCGAGCAACUACGUGCGCGAGGUCAAGCCCAGCGAGAAGCCCCUGUCACCGAAAUCCGGAGCCUUGAAGAGCCCUCCCAAAGGAUUCGAUACAACUGCCGUUAACAAAGGCUACUACAGUGUGGUGCUACAGAAUAUUUUGGAAACAGAAAAUGAAUAUUCUAAAGAACUUCAGACUGUGCUUUCAACCUACCUACGGCCCCUGCAGACCAGCGAGAAGUUAAGUUCAGCAAACACGUCACAUUUAAUGGGAAAUCUGGAAGAAAUAUGUUCUUUCCAGCAAAUGCUUGUACAGUCUCUAGAAGAAUGCACCAAGAUGCCGGAGGCCCAGCAGAGGGUCGGGGGCUGCUUCCUCAGCCUGAUGCCACAGAUGAAGACCCUGUACCUGGCGUAUUGUGCCAACCACCCGUCCGCGGUCAGCGUCCUCACGGAACACAGUGAGGAGCUGGGAGAGUUCAUGGAGCUGAAGGGCGCCAGCAGCCCAGGGAUUCUCGUGCUGACCACCGGCCUCAGCAAGCCGUUCAUGCGCCUGGACAAGUACCCUGCGCUGCUCAAGGAGCUGGAGAGGCACAUGGAGGAUUAUCACCCAGACAGACAAGAUAUUCAGAAAUCCAUGACCGCCUUCAAAAACCUUUCAGCGCAGUGUCAGGAGGUGAGGAAGAGGAAGGAGCUGGAGCUGCAGAUCCUGACGGAGGCCAUCCGCAACUGGGAGGGCGACGACAUCAAGACCCUGGGCAGCGUCGUCUACAUGUCCCAGGUCCUGAUCCAGUGUGCCGGCAGCGAGGAAAAGAAUGAGAGAUAUCUUCUACUCUUUCCAAAUAUUUUGCUAAUGUUGUCUGCCAGUCCUAGGAUGAGUGGUUUUAUAUAUCAGGGAAAGCUACCAACGACAGGAAUGACAAUCACAAAGCUUGAGGACAGUGAAAAUCAUAGAAACGCGUUUGAAAUAUCAGGGAGCAUGAUCGAGCGGAUCUUGGUGUCCUGCAACAACCAGCAGGACCUCCAUGAGUGGGUGGACCACCUGCAGAAGCAGACGAAGGUCACGUCGGCGGGGAACCCCACCGUCAAGCCCCACUCCGUGCCGUCCCACACUCUCCCCUCCCACUCCAUCACCCCGUCCAGCAAGCACGCGGACAGCAAGCCCGCGCCGCUGACGCCUGCCUACCACACGUUGCCCCACCCCUCCCACCACGGCACUCCACACACCACCAUCAACUGGGGGCCCUUGGAGCCUCCGAAGACCCCCAAGCCCUGGAGCCUGAGCUGCCUGCGACCCGCACCCCCGCUGCGGCCCUCGGCUGCCCUCUGCUACAAGGAGGACCUGAGCAAGAGUCCCAAGACCAUGAAGAAGCUGCUCCCCAAGCGCAAGCCAGAGCGGAAGCCCUCAGACGAGGAGUUCGCACUGAGAAAAAGCACGGCCGCGCUGGAGGAGGAUGCCCAGAUCCUGAAGGUCAUUGAAGCUUACUGCACCAGCGCCAAGACGCGGCAGACGCUCAACUCAAGUUCACGCAAAGAAUCUGCUCCGCAAGUUUUGCUUCCAGAAGAAGAGAAAAUUAUAGUUGAAGAGACUAAAAGUAACGGUCAGACAGUGAUAGAAGAAAAGAGUCUCGUCGACACCGUGUAUGCGCUAAAAGAUGAAGUCCAGGAGUUACGACAGGACAACAAGAAGAUGAAGAAGUCUCUGGAGGAGGAGCAGAGAGCCCGCAAAGACCUGGAGAAGCUGGUGAGGAAGGUGCUCAAGAACAUGAACGACCCUGCUUGGGAUGAGACGAACCUCUGAGGGGCGUCCUGGUGCUCCGUCAAGACCGCUUCCGAGACUGAGCCUGAGCCAGAGCCCCGCGACCCCCGCCCCUGGCGCUCAGGCUGCUGGCGGGGGUGUGUGGAGACUGCAACUGGACGGCUGUGAGCUCCAGGCCGAGCCCAGGCCGCAUCCCCCCCGACACCCAGUACCUCGUUCCGCAGUAAGUGCGGUGAUGGCGUCUGGACUCGCGGGCUCCGAGUGAAUACGUGUCAAUGUUACAUGUACGUUCCCUGUAAAUGCCCUGUUCUGGACGCACACGGCGGUGUUUCUAUCUGGGCUGACUGCUGGGCUGCAGUCCCCCUCGCGCUCACCUCCCUGCUCCCGCGCCCUGGGGCGUGUGCUCACCGCUCGUGGGGACCAGAGGCUGCAGACCCACAGCUGUUUCUGGGGGUGCCUGCUCUGCCGCCGCGCUCCAGAAACACCUCCCGCGUGUCUGCCUGCGGCUCACCUGCUUAGACCUGCAGGGGCCCGUCUCCCCCGGCCCCCACCCCCCAGUCUCCUGGUCAAGCGGGGCCGCAGGCCACGUGCAGCACUCGGGCUGAACCCAGGAGCCGCGUCUGCUGCCAGCGGGCCCCAUGACGGGUGUGCGCAUGCCCGCCUUGUGUGAGCACGUGCGUGGCGGAGGGUGCCUGGCUGGGGCUGGCCUGGGAACUCAGCCAGGUGCACCGUCCCGUCCUCCCCAAAGGCGUGAGCUCCCUGAAGCCUGUAAAUAAAGUGUGUUAUUUAUUGCACGUCACCGCAGGCCGUGAGGACGCGCUGCCGGGUGCAGGCGGGCUCUCUGCCUGAGGCUGUUCUGGCUCCAAAACCUGCCGUCCUGGCUGGCGCGGGCAGGCCUUCCAUGCUUGCUGAGGGGGCAGUGUCUGCACAAAUCAAGCAAUAGAACACGCCUGAGACUCCCCAACGAGUGGGGGUCAAGACCGGUCCCCCCACCCCACCCACCCCACGCCGAGUCCAGAUGGCCAGGGCCCAGAGGAGGGGCCUGGGGUCCAGCCGGCUCACGGGACCUGCCCCUGCGCCCCGCUGUUCUGAAGAGGUCGUUUGUAAAGUGAGAUGAACUCGUAGAGGACAAGCAUCAUGUCUUUAAAAGCCCAAACCCCAGCCCCUGAAUCAGGGGCGUCUCGGAAAUGCCCGCGUGGUAUCAGACGCGACUGUGGCCUGUGCUCCUCUGUCUGCAUCGGCCGGACGCCCCUGAGCUGGAGCAGCUGGUCUGGGCGCCCGGUCCCCCCGCGGCCGUGCCCUCAGCCUCCUGAGCUCUGGGGGUGUCCGGGCCUUGACGACCGUGAGGACACCUGACCUUGUGACGGGAACUGCCGGCUUCCUGUGCUCAGCGUUUUGUUUUCUUCGUCGCUGGUGGGGCUGGAAACGAUGGCCUUGCAGUGUCUGGUGAGCCCUGUUUUCACAGUAGGCCCUUUGGUGACGCGUGAGACCUCGCAGUGGGAAACAAUCCAAUCCGUGCACUGAAGCUUGCUGUCUCGAGCAAAUUCUAACUCAGGAACUCGUCAUCGCCUGACUCUCCAGCACUUUGUGGCAGGCGGUCUUGCCGCCCACACCCCGACGGGGCGCCCGCAGAACCUGCCUUAACUGUUGAAUUGUGCAUCAAGGGGGUGCACAUCCUGUCUUCUCACCGCCCCUCCUCCCCAGGGGUGGCCGUCGACAUGCUUGCGUGACGCGUCCUUCCCGGGUCGCAGGGUUUUUACUAAGCUUUCUCGGGAGCAGAGACGAUGCAUCUGAGCGGUUCUUCCUACAGACCUGCCCUGUUGUCAGUGGACUGCCCCCAUGUCUCCGGGGGACUUUUGAGGGGCUCGGCCUCCCAGGGGACGUCAGGAAGGGGCCAUCUGCCUGCUGGAGUCACCUCUGCCACACCUUCCACGGACGAGGAGACGGAGCGACGUCCUCGCCUGGGUGGGAGGGGAUGUACCGGAGUUAUCCGUGGCCGGGAGGCGUGCUCUGCGGCAGGUUGAACCAUUGUCGGGGACUCCCCGCGGGCCCCCGUUCACAGCCGUGGGGGUCCUCCACAAAUGCCCCCCCCGCACCCCGGUGUCCUGGUCUUGACUACUCACGCUCUGUUGUUGUAAUUAUUAAACUGACUAUUUUUCUUAUGUUAUAAACAUGUCA